AUGAGCGCGCCGCCGCCCGAUGCCCGCAGGCGUCCGCCGCGCCCGCCGCCACCGACCGAGGACGAGCACCUGCUCUAUGUCCGGCACCGACGGAAGAUGAACAAGCGCAAGCUGCGGGCCGAACAGAAGCGCCGGACCGAGUCCCUCGAAGACGAUGUCGCCGCUUUGACGAUUGACACGAACCAGCUGCAGCACCACUUGUACGACAUGACAAGCGCGUUGCCUGCGGCGCCCGCGUCGUCGAUGGCCAUGGAGAGUCUCCUGCGCCACUACUUUGAGCUCUUUGCAAGCGGCUGGGAUCCGUCGCGACACGAACAACUGGACGUCGAGCUCCGAACGCUUCUGCGACCCGACGUCGUCUUUAUGGGCGAUACCGAGAGUGGCAUCGAAAAGGUCAUGGAGCAGUGGCGACGAUGCUGCACGUGCUUUGGUGCCUUUCACAUGAGCCUGCGGGACCUUGUGCCCAUCGACCACCGUUUCAUGCGCGCGCACAUUCUCGUGGCCCUUGAGAUCUCGGACUAUACGCUGCAGGCGCUCUACCCGCACGUCUACUCGCACCCGUCGCUGCCGUCGCGACUCCUCGGCUCGCGCCUGCACGUGCCGGUCGAGCUCCACAUUGCGAUGGAUAUGCACUUCAAGGUCUCUCGCCUCGACGUGGCGGUCGACUACGUCACGGCCUUCUGCGCCCACGUGGAAGACCUCGACGACGUCGCCGAGGUGCUCGCAAGCACGCUGCCAUCGGGCGAGCUCAUGGUCACUGCCCGACCGCCGCCGCCGCAGUACUGAUCGUGAUACAGCACCCACUAACAUGGCAACUUGUCAC